AUUCUUGUGCGUGUUGCGGCAGUAUCAAGUAUUAUAAGAGUCACACAACAAUCAAAGUAUCUAUAGUUAGUUCCCCCAAUAUCAAAAUCAAAAUCAAAUCAAAUCCGAGAUCCAAACUUCCCUGAUCAAUAUUCAUCAUCAUGGAUACAAUCGAUCAUUGCUCCGCCACGCAACUCAUUGACGGUGACGGAGUUUUCAACGUCACCGGUCUCGAUAAUUUCAUCAACACUUCAAAUCUCGCCUCUUGUGGUCUUUCUUACGCCGUCGUUGCUAUCAUGGGACCUCAAAGUAGCGGGAAGAGCACUUUGAUGAAUCACCUUUUCCGCACUAGUUUCAGGGAGAUGGAUGCAUUUAGGGGAAGAUCUCAAACCACCAAGGGAAUUUGGAUAGCUAAGUGUACUGGAAUUGAGCCGUGCACAAUUGCUAUGGAUUUAGAGGGUACUGAUGGAAGGGAGAGGGGUGAGGAUGAUACCGCUUUUGAGAAGCAGAGUGCUCUUUUUGCUUUGGCAGUAUCGGAUAUCGUUCUCAUAAAUAUGUGGUGUCAUGAUAUUGGUCGUGAACAAGCAGCCAAUAAACCUCUUUUAAAAACUGUUUUUCAGGUCAUGAUGCGUUUAUUUAGUCCUCGGAAGACAACAUUGCUUUUUGUUAUACGUGAUAAAACAAAGACUCCGCUGGAAAAUCUGGAGCCUAUUCUAAGAGAAGAUAUUCAAAAGAUUUGGGAUGCAGUUCCAAAACCUCAAGCGCUUGUACACACUCCUCUUAGUGAAUUUUUCAAUGUGGAGGUUACUGCUUUGUCAAGCUAUGAGGACAAAGAAUACAAAUUCAAAGAGGAGGUUGCUCAAUUACGACAACGUUUUUUCCAUUCUAUAGCACCUGGAGGUCUUGCUGGUGAUCGGCGUGGUGUUGUGCCCGCAUCUGCUUUUUCUAUUAGUGCACAACACAUAUGGAAAGUCAUACGAGAGAACAAGGAUCUUGAUCUCCCAGCUCACAAGGUAAUGGUUGCAACUGUGCGUUGUGAAGAGAUUGCUUAUGAAAAGCUUAGUGAACUACGUUCUGACAAGGGUUGGCUGGAGUUGGAGGAAGCUGUUGAAUUAGGUCCAGUACAAGGCUUUGGGGAAAAGUGUAGCUCCAUAAUUGAUACCUACCUUUCUCUAUAUGACGAGGAGACAAUCUUCUUUGAUGAAGCUGUGAGAAAUGCAAAACGGAAGCAGUUGGAAUCAAAUGCAUUGGAUCUAGUAUACCCUACUUAUACAACAAUGCUAGGGCAUCUACGCUCUAAAGCUUUUGACGAUUUCAAGACUAAGCUGGAUCAAUCACUAAACAACGGAGAAGGGUUUGCUUCAUCUGUUCGCAUGUGGAGUCAGUCUAUUAUGCUUGAGUUUGAUAAAGGAUUUGAUGAUGCUGGUGUAAGGCAGGCUAAUUGGGGUUCUUCAAAAGUGCGAGAUAAGCUUCGUCGUGAUAUUGAGUCACAUGCUUUAUCUGUGUGCAGUGCGAAAUUAUCGGAGAUAACAACUAAUUUUGAGAAACAUCUGGCCAAGGCAUUGGCCGAGCCUGUGGAGUCUCUCUUUGAAGCAGGAGGAAAGGACACCUGGCUUUCAAUAAGAAAACUUCUUAAACGUGAAACUGAAACUGCCAUAGCAGACUUUGCAGCUUGUGUUGCUGGUUUUGAGCUGGAAGAAGAAACUGUUGAAAAAAUGCAACAAAGUUUAAGAGACUAUGCUAGAACGUUGGUGGAAAGUAAAGCAAGAGAAGAAGCUGCAAAGGUCCUGAUUCGCAUGAAAGAUAGGUUCUCUACGGUGUUUAAUCAUGACAGUGAUUCACUCCCUAGGGUUUGGACUGGCAAUGAAGAUAUCAGAGCUAUUACAAGGGAUGCUCGCUCUGCGUCCCUAAAGCUUCUAUCGGAUAUGGCUGCUAUACGGUUGGAUGAGAAGCCAGAUCGUGUUGAAAGAAUACUUCAAUUGUCUCUCAUAGACAAAACAAGUGCUGCAACAUCUUCUCAGUAUACAGAUAGAGAAGUUUCUGUGGAUCCACUGGCUUCAAGCACGUGGGAGGAGGUUUCUCCGGGAGAUAUACUUAUCUCUCCAGUGCAAUGCAAGUCUUUGUGGAGACAAUUCCAAGGUGAAACUGAGUAUACAAUUACACAGGCAAUUGCAGCUCAGGAGGCCUACAAGCGGAACAACAAUUGGUUACCUCCUGCAUGGACAAUAAUGGCAAUGGCCAUAUUUGGCUUUAAUGAAUUUAUGAUGCUCCUAAAAAACCCUCUCCUCAUAUUGGGUAUAUUUGUUGCCUAUCUAAUCGGGAAAGCCAUUUGGAUACAAUUAGACAUAGCUGGAGAGUUUCGACAUGGCACUCUGCCUGGGAUACUGUCUGUUUCGUCGAAGGUUUUCCCUGCCGUUAUGAACCUUCUUAAACGGUUAGCUGAAGAAGCUCAGGGGAAUCCAACACCUGAAGGAAGAGAACCACAUCGUUCAGAUUCUCAGAUAUUCAGAAAUGAGGUACAAAAACCUGACUCAGUAUCAAGCUCGAUCUCCAAUUCGGCUCUAUCUAGUGUUGGCUCAUCUGAGGGUGACAAUGAAUACUCAACCACAAACUCUUCUCAGAGACGAAGAACAAACGUUCCUGAAGCUGAAUUGUCAUGAUAAUUUAGUUCAAGGUCGGCAUCGGAAUAUAACGUGCACCUGUUCGAUGCUUUGAGAGAUCAGUUUUGUAUUUUACAGCUUUGUUUUACUUAUCUUAUUACUGUAACGUGUAAAUUAUCUGAUACUAUGAUGAACCCCAAUUUGGGUUCUGUUCUGAUCAUCAUAUCUUCACUGUUAUACAUGAAACUGAAUGAUCGCCUCCCCUGAAUUUAUUUUCAUCAUAGCACGGAUUAAAAUA